AUGCAUUUCCUCUUCUUGGUCGCCACGGCCUACGUGCUGGUUGCGGCUGUAUUAUGCCAGCCGCUGCUAGAUGCAGCCAACAAUUUUGACAGCAGGAGCGGCUCUCGCUGGACUCGCCAGCCGUCCAUCGCCAAGCGUAGGGUGGAAACACCUGCCUCUGCGAGGGAGAUGGUCUCUGAGCUCUUUGGACGUGUGGGUCGUCGAGUUCCCUCUGCCGCAGCCACCAAGCCCGCCGUGGAAGCGACCAGCUGGGGUUCGCUUGCCAAGGAGGAGCUGGCCAAGGCACGCCCUCGCACCGAGCUUCACGUCCAAGCCCCCGAAGCCGCACCUGCCUCCCAACCUCGCAUCCCUGAGCCGUUCAAAUUCCGCGGCCACGAGACCGGCUACGGUGGCGAUGUGGACAACCUCCUGCGCACACGACUGUACCAGCAGCCUCCACUCACGCAUACCUCGGCGCAGGAGAUCCACCAGGUAGCUGCCGAGGCUGCGGCUGCCGCACACCCCAGGAACCCCGUACUGGCACGCCUGUCUAGCGCCAAAGCUCUCGUUGCCGCAGGUACCAGUCUGACCAUCUCGUCCAUUCUCGUGUGGAUCAUCAAGGGCAACAUCGACCGCACCAACGAGGCCAACGCCCAAAUCGCCGCCACCCAGGCCCAGGGUCAGGCCGACAUGCAACAGGUUGCAUCCCUCGGAACCAGUGGUGGCAAGAUUGCAAAGCGCGCUGUCGUGGAGAAGCGUGGCGCUCGUGUGGCCACCGCCGCAUUUGCUACCGCCAUGACCGGCCUGGUCCUCUGGAGGGCUGUGGACAGCAUCAACGAUGCCCGCUCGAACCCUCAUCAGGAUGAUGAUGACCACGAUGACGCCAAGAAGGCUAAGCCCAAAUCCAAGAAUGGCCACGAGUACGACGUUCCGGCAGUGGCGUUCAACGUGCCCAAGCAGGCCAUCAUCGCUUCGCGGUACGCUCUGCGCGAGCGUGAUCUGCCCUCGAGCCCGUCGACGUGGCUUUGA